AUGGCUGGAGGGUACUACCUUUUACUGAUAGGACCUAUUCUCCUGAAACCUGGUUACACACCUGGCUAUACACCUGGCUACACAUCUGGCUAUACACCUGGCUACACAUCUGGCUAUACACCUGGCUACACAUCUAGCUAUACACCUGGCUAUACACCUGGCUACACACCUGGCUACACAUCUGGCUAUACACCUGGCUACACACCUGGCUAUACACCUUGCUAUACACCUGGCUACACACCUGGCUACACACCUGGCUAUACACCUGGCUACACACCUGGCUAUACAACUGGCUACACACCUGGCUACACACCUGGCUACACACCUGGCUACACACCUGGCUACACACCUGGCUAUACACCUGGCUACACACCUGGCUACACACCUGGCUAUACACCUGACUAUACACCUGACUACAUACCUGGCUAUACACCUGGCUACACACCUGGCUACACACCUGGCUACACACCUGGCUACACACCUGGCUUUACACCUGGCUAUACACCUGACUACACACCUGGCUAUACACCUGGCUACACACCUGGCUAUACACCUGGCUACACACCUGACUAUACACCUGACUACACACCUGGCUACACACCUGGCUACACACCUGACUAUACACCUGACUACACACCUGGCUACACACCUGGCUAUACACCUGGCUACACACCUGACUAUACACCUGACUACACACCUGGCUACACACCUGGCUAUACACCUGGUUACACACCUGGCUAUACACCUGGUUACACACCUGGCUAUACACCUGGCUAUACACCUGCAAUAUGA